UUUUGCAGGGAGUUCAGCUUGAGGCUCUGCGUUGACAAGAGUGAAGUUUUGGGGCUGUCGCAGGCUCAGACAUGCCCGACUCUGUAUCUGGUGACUCCGGCUCGAAGGUGUCGGACCCGCAGCACUCACAGAGGCUCCUCCGGGUCCUCCGCACCUUCUGGCAGGAGAACAGCUUCCACGACGCCCUGCUGGUGGUGGACGGAGAGGAGCUGCCCGUCCAGAAGAACAUCCUGGCUGCAGCCAGCCCCUACAUCAGAACCAAGCUGAACUACAACCCUCCCAAAGAGGAUGGGUCCACGUACAGGAUCGAGCUGCAGGGCGUCCCCAUGGCCAUCAUGAAGCAGAUCCUGGACUACAUCUUCAGCGGCGAAAUCGUCCUGCGUGAGGACACCAUCCAGGACAUGGUCCAGGCCUCCGACCUGCUCCUCAUGACCGACCUCAAGUUCCUGUGCUGCCAGUUCCUGGAAGGCUGCAUCACGGCGGAGAACUGCGUGGGCAUCCGCCUCUUCUCGCUGCACUACUGCCUGAACCACGUGCACCACGCCGCCACCGAGUUCCUGCAGACGCACUUCCGCGACGUGGCGCUGACCGAGGAGUUCCGGGAGCUGCCGGCGGACCGGCUGCGCGAGGUGCUGGCCAUGGAGAAGCUCAACGUGGGCAACGAGAAGCACGUGCUGGAGGCCGUGGUGCGCUGGUUCGGCCACGACCCGGACGGGCGCCGGGUCCACAUGAAGGAGGUGAUGUCUGCCGUGUGGCUGCAGGGUCUGGACAUCAGCUACCUGAGAGAGCAGAUGCUGGGCGAGCCGCUGAUGCGGGAGGUGAUCCGGGACUUCUGCCAGGCGGUGCUGUCUCAGGGCCAGCUGCGGGGCGAGGCCAUGCUCGCCGCCUUCAAGCCGCGCGGCUACUCCGAGUGCAUCGUCAUCGCGGGAGGCGAGGACCGCCAAACGAGGAAGCCCACGGCGGCGGCGCGCUGCAUGUGUCCGCUGUACGACUCCAACAGGCAGGCCUGGAUCCACCUGCAGCCCAUGAGCACGGCUCGCAUCAACCACGGCGUGGUGGCCGCCGAGGGAUUCCUGUUCGCCCUCGGCGGGACGGACCACGAGAACAGAGUCCUGGGCAGCGGAGAGAAGUACGACCCCGACGCCAACAGCUGGAGCGCCAUCGCCCCCAUGCUGCAGGCGCGGCAGAGCUUCGGCGUGGUGGAGCUGGACGGUCUGAUCUACGUUCUGGGCGGAGAGAGCGACGUGACGGAGCUCCUCACCGUGGAGGCCUUCGACCCGCACUCCAACAGCUGGAAGGUGCAGACCAGCAUGACCAUGGUCCGCAAGGUCGGCUGCUACGCCUCCAUGAAUAAGAAGAUCUACGCCAUCGGCGGAGGCUCCUACGGAAAACUCUUCGACUCCGUUGAGUCUUUUGACCCUAAAACUCAGCAGUGGACGGGUCUGUGUCCCCUGAAGGAGAGACGGUUCGGCUCGGUGGCGUGCGGCGUCGGCCAGGAGCUCUACGUGUUCGGAGGCGUCCGCAGCCAGGAGAACGAGGACGCCACGGCGCAGCGCCAGAUGACCACCUGCAAGUCAGAGUUCUACCACGACGAGAUGAGGAGGUGGAUGUUCCUGGACGACCAGAGCCUGUGCAUCCAGACCAGCUCGUCCUUCGUGUACGGCGCCGUUCCCAUCGGGGCCAGCAUCUACGUGGUGGGAGACCUGGACACAGGUACGAGCUUCGACUGCAUCCGGGAGUUCCGCCGCGGCUCGGGGACGUGGCACCGCAUCAAGCAGAUGCUGCCCAGCGACCUCUCCAGGACGGCCUGCGCCUCGCUGCGCUUCGCCAACUGCCGCCUCUUCCGCCUGCAGCUGAGCCAGGGAGUGUUCCGGAUCUGAGCCGGGGGUCUGAACUGGGGGGGGGGGGGGGGGGGGGGGUUGAUCCUGGGUCCUCCACUCUCUCUCUUUCUUUCUCUUCACCGCCAUGUUUGCACACCGGGACCGUCGAACCUGCUGUUUUAGGAAACACACCAACACUGAAGUAAUAGAUUACUGAGGACGCGUUCGGGGGGAUUCGAACUCCAGCACACUCCUGCUCUGUGACUCGGCGGUGCAUCACUCCUCUUUCAACAGAUUUUGAUAUAUUUCCUCCAUGAGGUGGGGUCGGGGUGUUUUCAGCUUUCAUUUGAAGAGCAUUCCUGGUGUGUGAAGUUUACCGCUCGGUCGUCUCACGGCGAGAGAACCUCCGGUGCCCGAGGAGGCGGGAUGAAGCUCUGCGGUCCACUGAGUCUUCUGGGAUCAGGUCAAAGGUCAUUCCUGUUCAUCUACGGGUCUCGCUGGCCGUGAGGCGUUCACUUGCCCAGCCCGCCUGGGAAUAUUCAGCGUUCAGAAACUUCGUUCUAGCAGCAGCGGGAUUUGAAUGUGAUGUAUAAACUUCUCGACCAGCUGAUCGAUGAUCUGUUAUGUAGCUGCAGUCGCCGCGCGCCGUGUGUCCUACACUCUGCCUUCGCACCCGAACGCCUCACAUGAACACACUAACCCUGCUGCUUCGUUUUCUAUCCAAACUGGGGAUCGAGGGGCUUUUUCACGCUUUCAACCGACAUGAUCAUUGAUAAAAUCUGCUUUUAACUCGCUAACCAGCUCACGUCCACCCAGUCUCUCCUGCAGUACCACUUUAUACCACACGGUGGUGCUGUGGUGCAGUGACAAGCUUCAGCUAACAUCCAACAGUUAAUACGGUCGACUCACUGCUGCUACCCGGUGUACAAAAGGGACAUUACAUGGAGCUUACAUGUUUGUUUUUUUUUAAUGGAAUAAAAAUAUCCGAAUCUCUGUAAGAAGAAGGGAGGUGAUUGAAACAGUUCUGUCAACGGAGCUUUUUAACGAAUGUAUGUAGUAAAAUGUUUUCAUGUCCUUCAGGAAGAGACUGUGUGAAUCAUGUGAAUUCUGUUUUUUUUUUUUAAACUGGAUUUUACAAAUAUUACACUGUAAACCUAAAAACGUUGUGAUUUCACUUGAAACGGCCCUUCAAACACUAUAUUGCUGUCAUUGUUUCUUUGGUGCUCAAAACUGCUCAUUUAGAUUUCUCCUCUUUAUACCUCUAGAAAAGCUGUGAGUUUGUGUCAUUUUGACUGAAGAUCAGUUUCCACUCUGUGCAGUGUGGAAAUCCAAAAUGUAACAAGCGUACAGGGUUUAAUUAGAAAAUAAUAUAUCAUGAGUAUUUCAUGUGUUCAAGCAGAGUAUUUCAGCAGAAGAGGACCGUUAGGAAGUCAGACUGUGAGCUGCAACAACCUAAAAAACAAAUAGUUUGAGCUUAUUGAAGCCGACCAGUGGAUAAAACCUGGAUCUGUGAGUUCUGUUCAGCGCUGCAGACUGAACCGUGAGCUGAGAACCGAGUUUGGUCCGGUCUGUUCAGAAUCCGGCGGCGCCGCCGCCUUCGGCGACCUUCGACCCGGCUUUACGGCGGGUACGGUUUUGGCAUCCCGUGACCCCGUUUGUUCUUGUGGGCGAGUUCCAGCUGCCGCCGUCCGUCCCGCAGUGUUGACACAGACACGCCUCCCGAGAUAUGAGCGCACGGCCCAGAGCCCGCUGGAAAAUAUCUGCCUCGGAGAGCACAGCAGGGCCCGAAAGCCCAGGGAACGCUCCGGAGAAACGCUGCGGCGCAGAAACCAACGGUCCGGACACUUUCAGGACGAUCAGCAGGGAGCAAAGGAAACCAGAACUAGAGGCUAGUUUUAAAAAAGUGAGCUCGGGCUGUCAGAAACGUGUUGGUAUGAGCUGAUAUUCAGUGGUGUACUUGCAGGUUUAGCACUAAAGCAUAUCUUAGAAAGGCAGAAGCGACCGAGGCUACAGUGUGCGGUGUGUAGUGUCUAGCUACACUUUUCUCUUUGCCUACUGUGAAAAAUACAACUUGGACUUGGACCUGGCUCUCAGCCCAGACGGCGUUAGAAGCUAAAUGAACCAGCAUGACCGGUCGACCUGAAGACAGACUCCGUGGUAAAGUCGGCCUUCUGUCGGUCGUCUCUCCGCAGAAUCACAGAUUUUGUGAAGCGGAAAGCGAACAUCAGCUGUUCACACAGCCGCCUGUUCGUCAGUCACUCUGAAUUCUCGCCGAUUACAGGACCAGAUUGUCCAGUUUACAUGAACACUGAAUCCAAUAAUCUGUAUUGAGUUUUAGAUGAGGUCAAAGUGUUUCUGUGGUGCAGAUUUAGCUGCUGUCGCCUCACCGCUGCCACCCGGUGGACAUAGCGAGCCAUUACUGAAAUCCAACCUUUAGUCCAACCUUUAAAGGAGAAUCCAGACUUGAUGGUUGAGCUUUCUUUGCCUUGUUUUAAACGACGCCUCGCCUUGCAGCAGAGCGGAUGUGAUGCAACCCGGCGUGACGCACCGGCUGAUGACUAACCCAUGACCCCGCUUCUGUUUCUGACACUUUUUCCUCACCGUCUUAUCGUUUACAGUAAUACUGCGGCCGCUCUGUAUACUAAACACCGUCCGUUCAUGAAGGGGGCGGAGCUAAAGUCUUGUUUCAGUUAUUUUUUUGCUCCUGGUUCAUGGGGAAGUUUUGUAAGACGUGGUCUGGUGAGUCUCGGUCACAGGGACUGAAGACGGCGUGUGGUCCUCGGUCCAGUCCGCCGUCCCUCUCUGUCCACAGUGACUCAGCAUCAUCGGGGUUUCCCAGGACCUCUUUUGAAAAGCCUCCAGCUGAUGGAGAAAUGUCGCCAUGAGAGUCCUGACGGGAAGCGGCAGCAGCAGGGACCACGUCUUUCCCGGACGGGCUGCUGUUUAUAGUAAUGCUCUCUCGCUCUCUAAUUUCUCUCUCUCUCUCAUUGCAAUGGGUAAAAGCACCUCCAGAUGUUUCAUCUCUUUCACUUUCAUUUUCCACAUUUAGAUUUUAAACGACACAAACCGAACUCCAAGAACCUUCAGACUGUUGGAUUAGAAACUAAAACUAAAAGAAUCCUUCUUGUGAGUGAUUAAAGAGACAAUCCAGAGCCGUUCGUCUUCUGACAAUAAACA